AAGUGGUGAGCCCAGAGAAGGGGAACCUGUGGGAUUGCCAGGAGCCCCAGCAGCCCAGAGAGGGGGAACACCAAUACAAACCUGACCCGCAGCAACCCCGACAGGGGAGUGGCCUCCAGGAGCCAAAAGUGGAGAUACCAGAGAGGAGAAACCAAGGUUGGGUGUUUUUGCUGAAUCUUGGUCAUGUGUGCAUUUUGGGGGACUGAAUCUCGGUGUUUUGGGGUUUACUUGGGCACCAGAUUCCAGUGACUUCUAGAGUGUGCAGGCAGAGGGGCCCAACACUGGGAACUGUAAUACCUCAGGGCAAAGGUGACCAGGGUCAGAGAGAGACACCCCUCUGAGGACAAUGCUCUCACCAUCAGCAUUUUCAGGCUCAUGUGAAUGCAGCAGGCUUCAUUGGUAUCACCCAGUCCAGCUGCUCUUUUUUCCUUAUAUGUACUCUCCUAGAAUGUUCUCCCCUCUCUUGUCCCCCAUUGGUCCCGGUUUACUGCAAUGCUCCGCCCCUGUUACCUCAUUGGUUCCCCAGUUGGCUGCCCCUCCUCUGCACCACCUGUGCUCAGUUCCCAUUGGCCCUUGGCCCUCAGACCCGCCCCUUUCCCCCCUUAUCAAACCCUGUGUCCUCAGCCCCAUUUUGUUUCUGUGCGUGGACCCUCUGCAUUGCAAUAAACUGUGUUUGGAGCUGUGCACACAGACCUGCCUCUGGCCUUGUCCAUCAGCAGGUUAAGCAAGCGUGCUCCGGGCUCUGGGAGUGCAGGAUUUCCCAUUCCCAAACCCUGGCCGAAUGGAGGGGGUGGCUGUAAGGAAGAGGAAGAAGCCCCGUGACACCGAGACAGAGAAGGAGCUGAGGAUGGAGACCAGGGAGGACAAAUCCCCACAGCAGAAGCUCAUGGCAGAGGCUGUUCUGAAUGAUGCCACAGGGCAGAAACCCAAGGAGGAGGAAAAGCCUCGGAGAUCCCACAGGAGGAGGGCCUGCAAAUCCAGCCCAGGGUGCUCUGAGGGGGAAAGACCCACCCUGUUCCAGGAGGGUGGACAGAGCUUCAGGCAGAGCUCAAAGCUGUUCUCCCGUGAGCAGCUUCAUGAUGGGGAGAAGCCCUAUAAGUGCUUGGAGUGUGGGAAGAGCUUCAGGCAGAGCUCCCACCUCCUCUGCCACCAGAUGAUCCACACUGGGGAAUGGGCCUAUGAGUGUGGGGAAUGUGGGAAGGGCUUCAGGUGCAGCUCAGAACUCGUGAGGCACGAACACAUCCACACUGGGGAGAAGCCCUAUGAGUGUCCCGAGUGCCAGAAGAGGUUUGCCACCAGCUCCAAUCUCCUCCUGCAUGAGCAGAUUCACACCAAGGAGAAGCCCUUCCGCUGCCCUGACUGCAGGAAGGGCUUCAAGAACAACUCCAACCUCAUCAGACACCGGCGCAUCCACACCAGGGAGAGGCCCUACAAGUGUCCCCAGUGUGGGAAGAAGUUUCAGACCAGCUCCAAUCUCCUCCUGGAUGAGCGGAUUCACACCGAGGAGAGGCCCUUCUGCUGCCCUGACUGCGGGAAGGGCUUCAAGCACAACUCGACCCUCAUCACCCACCGGCGCAUCCACAGUGGGGAGAGGCCCUACGAGUGUCCCCAGUGUGGGAAGAGCUUCACCCAGAGCUCUCACUUGACCCAACACCGACGGAGGCACCAGGGAGAAAAGCCCUACAAGUGCUUGGAGUGUGGGAAGAGCUUCAGGCAGAGCAGCACCCUGAUCAGCCACCAGAUGAUCCACACUGGGGAAUGGGCCUACAAGUGUGGGGAAUGUGGGAAGGGCUUCAGCUGCAGCUCAAAACUUGUCAGGCAUCAACGCAUCCACACUGGUGAGAGGCCCUAUGAGUGUCCUGAGUGCCAGAAGAGGUUUCACACCAGCUCAAAUCUCCUCUGCCACCAGCGGAUUCACACAGAUGAGCGGCCCUUCCACUGUUCUGACUGUGGGAAGAGCUUCAAGUACAACUCCUACCUCAUGAAGCACCAGUGCAUCCACACUGGGGAGAGGCCCUACGAGUGUCCCCAGUGUGGGAAGAGGUUUCACAUGAGCUCCAAUCUCCUCCAGCACCAGCGGAUUCACACAGAUGAGAGGCCCUUCCACUGCUCUGACUGCGGGAAGGGCUUCAACCGCAACUCCCACCUUGUCACCCACCGGCGCAUCCACACUGGGGAGAGGCCCUACGAGUGUCCCCAGUGUGGGAAGAGCUUCAGACAGAGCUCUCAUUUGAGCAGACACCAACACAGUCACCAGUAAGGGAAGACAUGCAAAUGCUGCAACUGCAGGAAGAGCUUUCAGCACCGCUCAGAGCUGGUGGUCCAUGAGCAGCUCCAUGAUGAGGAGAAGCCCCACAAGUGCUUGGAGUGUGGGAAGAGCUUCACGAGGAGCUCCAGCCUGAUUGUGCACCAGAGGAGCCACACUGGGGAACGGCCCUACGAGUGUGAUCAGUGCAAGAAGAGGUUUCAGACCAGCUCCAGUCUCCUCCUGCACCAGCGCACGCACACAGAGGAGAGGCCCUUCCGCUGCCCCGACUGCGGGCAGGGCUUCAGGCGGAACGCCCAUCUUGUCAGGCACCAGCUCAUCCACACUGGGGAGAGGCCCCACGAGUGUGAGGAAUGUGGGAAGAGCUUCAGGCAGAGCUCCACCCUGAUCCAGCACCAGAGGACCCACACUGGGGAACGGCCCUACGAGUGUGGGGAGUGUGGGAAGAGAUUCGGACAUCGCGCCAACCUGAUCGUGCACCAGAAGAUCCACACUGGGGAGAGGCCCUACGAGUGUUCCGAGUGUGGGAAGGGGUUUCGGAUUAGCUCUGAUCUCCUCCAGCACUAUCAGAGUCACACAGAGGAGAGGCCCUUCUGCUGCCCCGACUGCGGGAAGGGAUUCAAGCGCAACUCCAACCUCGUCACCCACCGGCGCAUCCACACUGGGGAGAGGCCCUACGAGUGUCCCCAGUGUGGGAAGAGCUUCUCCAGGAGCUCUACAUUGACCCAACACCAACGGAGGCACCGGUGAGGGAAGCCCUGCGAGUGCCCCGAGUGUGGGAAGAGCUUUGUCCAGAGCUCGGAGCUGGUGGUCCAUGAGGAGGUUCCUGAUGGGGAGAAGCCCCACAAGUGCUUGGAGUGUGGGAAGAGCUUCAGGUGGAGCUCCCACCUGAUCGUGCACCGGAGGAGCCACACUGAGGAUAGGCCCUACGAGUGUGAUCAGUGCAGGAAGAGGUUUCAGACCAGCUCCAGUCUCCUCCUGCACCAGCGCACGCACACAGAGGAGAGGCCCUUCCGCUGCCCUGACUGCGGGCAGGGCUUCAGGCACAACUCCACCCUCCUCAGGCACCGGCUCAUCCACACUGGGGAGAGGCCCCAUGAGUGUGAGGAAUGUGGGAAAAGCUUCAGGCAGAGCUCCCACCUGAUCAGCCACCGGAGGACCCACACUGGGGAACGGCCCUAUGAGUGUGGGCAGUGUGGGAAAAGCUUCAGCCAGCAUUCCAGCCUGAUUGUCCACCAAAAGAUCCACUCUGGGGAGAGGCCCUAUGAGUGUUCUGAGUGUGGGAAGGGGUUUCGGAUCCGCUUCCAUCUUUUCCGGCACUAUCAGAGUCACACAGAGGAGAGGCCCUUCUGCUGCCCCGACUGCGGGAAGGGAUUCAGGCACAACUCCCACCUUGUCAGGAACCGGUGCAUCCACACUGGGGAGAGGCCUUACGAGUGUCCCCAGUGUGGGAAGAGCUUCUCCUGCAGCUCUACAUUGACCCGACACCAACGGAGGCACCGGUGA